UAGUUAGCCAUCAGCAACAGUUAUAGCCUGAUAGCACCAACCGUGUGAUUCAUGUUGUGAUUAAAGGACGAUAAAAACCAAAAUGUCAGCGCAAACGAUUACAGUGACAGUUGCAUACGGAUCCACUAAGCACAGCAUCACAUUAACUGGCCAGGAUGAAGACAAGGGCCCCAUUGUCAAAGACCUCUCUGAUGCUCUCACCAAAGCUACUGGAGUUCCUCAAACCUCACAGAAGCUCAUCUUCAAAGGGAAAUCGCUAAAGGACGUGGAGGAGAGUCUGUCCAGCUAUGGAGUAAAAGAGGGCUGCAAACUCAUGCUGAUUGGAAAACGGAACAGUCCCGAGGAAGAAGCCGAGCUGAAGAAGCUGAAAGACAUCGAGAAGUCUGUGGAACAGACGGCUAAAAAGCUGGAGAAGGUCGACGGGGAGUUGACUGGACUCAAGAAUGGCUUCCUGGCCAAAGACCUGCAGGCGGAGGCGUUGGGUAAACUGGACCACAGAGUGAAAAUAGCAGCUGAACAGUUCAUGAAGAUCCUGGAGCAGAUUGAUACCCUGAGUAUCCAAGACAAUUUCAAUGACUGUAAACUGAAGAAAAAGGGACUUGUAAAGACUGUGCAGGACUUCCUGGCCCAGUGUGACAAGAUCGAGGCUUGUAUAUCGGACCACCUAUCAAAGAUCCAGUCGAAAAAUCUUGCCCUGGCGGAUUAGAGCGGGCGGACCAAGUCGCCCGUAUCGUGUGCUAUACAUUGCUCUGUGAGCAACUGCAAAGUGUACAGAAAGCGUCAAGUGUGUGGAUGCGAUCCGUGUCUAUUUAUUGUUGGGUUGAUGUGUACGAGAGAGAGUCCUCAUCACAGAGGAUCCUGUGAACAGGAGGAGGCUGGUUAUUGGUGCUGAUGCUUGGUACAUCUGGAAUACAACCUCUGGGUUAAAGAGAGAUGAAAGUGCUCCUCAAGACGUUGUAACCAGUCACUCUGUGAAAGGAUCACAGGUGCUUUUGAUUUGUGAACAAAAUAUGUAGAUCUCUUUUUAAAGCAUCCUAAAAUAGUGCUGAAUAGAACUGCCACGUUAAAAUGAAAACAGUUUGUAAAAUUCACUGGUUAAUCACCUCAAACUACACAAUUACAUAGAGAAAACAUGUUUCUUCUCAUUGUGAUGUACCAACUGUGGAGUGUUCCAUGCAGCAGUUUGUACACACAUGGCCAAAAUUCUGACAUUAAUAAGCAUUAAUCUGCAAUGCUAACAGUUCACACGAUUUUUAGGAAUCUUUUUCUUAAUUCGGCUGCCAGAUCACCAGUGAUGAUGGGAAAUAAGAACGUUUCAGUUCAUCCCAAAGGUGUUGGUUGAGGUCAUCUCCAAAAAAAAAACAUGUUUGCAAGGACCCAGAUCUGCACACAGGGUCCUUUUGUCUAAUAUACAAUUUUAAUGAUAGGAACCAAGGGGCCAACCCCAAACUACAGCUGAAACCAUUUGUUGAUUGAAGUAAAAUAAAUUGCCGACUAUUUUGAUAAUCAUAGAAAUGUUGGUCAGAGACUUCCUGCUUUGCGAAGCAAUUUGACGCCAUCAGAAAAAUGUGACAGGCAACAUUUUAUAGACCAAAGGAUUAAAUAAAUUAAUCAAGAAAACUGCUCCCCUAGCACACCGUUAUAAAUAGAAAAAUAAGUAGACAAUGCUGUCCACAAACCUUCAGCCAUUCGGUGUGUAUGUGUUACUCUACACCAAGCCAGCACCUUUUGUUUUAAUCUAGGGACUGAUCCAGUGUACCACGCAUCUUUGACGUUAGUGUGAACUGUGGAAUGGUCUUUGCUUUCAACCAUCACAUCUAUUUUCCUUUGUUUUAAAAUAAAGCCACUGAAAACAUGAAUAGAGUAUUGAUUAUUCAGCUUACACCACACUUUAAUCAUGAAACUCUUCAUUUCCAACAAAUGAUUCAGUAAAAACCAAACAGUCACGACAACAACCUCCUUGUUUCCUUUUAUUUCCAGCUUUAUCCACGUGGGUCUUUUCAUACAUCUUAACUAGCUUAUACAGACCCUAGUGUUUAUACAGAUGUGCAAAUGAGCUUUGAG